AUUGUGGAGGCGCAUGCUCGAAAAUAUUUUGCGAGAGGGGGUGACAUAUUCAGUAGAGAAAGCCAGGCACGAAGCAGCCGAUCAUUACGAGGUAUCCGGGUCGCCGGGCGUUCGUCGACACCAACUGAAACACACAGAAACGUGUUGUAUUUUUUAUCAUUCCGAUAAUAUAUAUUUUAUUAUAAUUACUUUUUUACCAUUUACUUACUACGUCAUUUUCAUUAACUUUUGCAGUACGUAAGGUAUUAUCUGAUAUAUUUUUAUUGUUCACGUUGAUUCUUCCUGUGUUAAAUAAAUCACUUCAAUGAUCAGGAAGACUAACUGUGAAAGAAAAAAGGAAGGAAAACUCAACUAAACCGUAAAUCCGUAAUAUGAUGCAACAAACACACACUUUUUUCUAUUAGUCCUCUCUCUUUUUUCUCACUUUCAACUUUUCUAUUUAUAACAUUCUUAUACUUUUGUGUAUAUUUUUUCUCUAUAUCAAACAUGUGCCACCUGUAGCUGAGUUAUCUCUUCCUCACAAUUGAUAUUUGCCAGAUAUCUUAGGACGUUUGUGCUAAUAAUUUAAAUGGUUAAAAUAACUAACUGUGAAAAAUGUGGAGAUAAUUCAUAUUAAAAAAUAUUCCAUCAAGAAAAGACUGUUGAAAAUAUUUAUAUUAUAUACCUGAGUGAUAAAUAGUUGGUAUUCGAACAAUGUCUUUGACGUUUCAAUCGCCAGUGCUGGAUGAACAUGAAACAAAAUUGAUGACAGGAAACCUUGAGGAACGAAAAGAAGCUUUCAAAGAGGAUGAAGAGCUUAUGCGGGAAACAACAAAAUUCAUCACUGACGUGAUCGAAACUGCUGCCUCGGAAGCCUCUAAAAGGAAAUUACAAAAUGUAAAUGACGGAGUAAACGAAGGCAGUAGAUUAAAAGGCGGCAAUAUCAUCGCUGGAUGGAACAACCGUGCCCGUGGCUUUUGCAAUCGGAUCCUAAAUGCAGUCUGCCCAUGCUUCACAAAUAAUGAGUUGUUCGCCUGGACACCGUACCGUUUUCGCUUCUCGAGACCUUAACUACUUUCUGAACCACGUCAAAUAAUCCAUCAAGUGAAUUCGUGGACCUUCGUGAUUUUUACGUCAUAAUUUACUAAUUAUUUUUAAUUACUUCAACUUAAUCACCAGUGAUUUAUUUCUUUUUUUUUUACCUCUAAACAUCAAAGUACUGAGUUUAUUAUUAAUAAACAAGAAAUAAUUAAAGUAAUUUUAUAAAAAAUUUUACGUUAAUUAAUAAUUGCUUGCAAAUAAUAUUAUUUGUACACAAAAACUAAUACCUGAGUAAAAGUAAUUAAGUAAAAUAUAAAGUAAAGUUUGAAUCAAAGUUGGAAAAAAUUGGAAAGAAUCAGAAAGAACUUUAGCAAUAUUAUUUAUAUAAGUUGUGGAUAUAAAAAGUUUAAAGAGUAUAAAAUAAUAUUUAUUGUUGUAUUUAGUGUAAAAACAAAUAAUGGCAAUUAAUCAUUGAGAGAGAUAUUUAUUAACUUUAAGGUACCUUGAAAGUAUGACUAUUUAAUUAAAUUAAUUUUUUAUCUGAUCGUCAAUUAAAUAAACAGUUUAUUAUUUAAAAAAAAUCUGCUAGCAAUACAAAGGUUUUAAUUAAUUCGCCUCAAGUGUUAAAAUAAAUCUGUCAAGGAGUGGUUAUGAUUUACAAUAAAAAACCACUUGAGUAUAACCGACAGGUACAAAUUCAAUUUUAUAUUCAAUUAAUAAAAUUGUUUGAGUAAACUUAGUGUCGCUCCGAGCACUUUCGUUAUAUAUUUAUCUCUGGAUUAUGAUAUUUUACCACCUAAAAAAGCUCAAAAAUAAACAGAGUGUACGAAAUAAUAUUUAUAGAUGUAAGAAUACUGUAUUUUUUAUUUUUUCGGUUAGGCUAGUUUUGUAUACGACCUUAUAAUCUUUAAAAAUUAUCUAAAGAAAAAACUAUUGUUUUACCGUCCUAAAUGAAUAAAUUUAUAUCAUGGAAUGAAUAAAAAAUAAAAUCAAUAAAUUAUAUCGUAUAAUAACAAUGUUUAUCAUAAAUAUAUAUAUAUAUCAAUAUAAAGGGAUCAAAAGAUGGCAAUUUCACAUAUGUAAACAUGACAAUCAGAAAAUUUUGUGAAAUAGAUAAAAUUAAUAAUACACAUAUGCA